GGGAAUAACAUCAUCUUUUUGUUCCAUGGCAUUUUAUGGUUACACAAAUCAAUGAUGAAACAUAUUCACGUGACAUGUGAUUUUCUAUAUGAAAAGGGCUUUGGGAUUCUUUUUUCCCACGUUAUUUCCAUUUGUCAUUUUCAACUCAUUUCACACUUGCCAUUACUGUGACAAUCAGAACGACAUUCAACAACGACAACGACCAUGUUAUCCUACAUUGCAUCUGCCCUCACAACCAUUAUAGACUACUCAUAUUCCCUCGUUUUUGCAUCCCCGUCUUCCCCCACAUCACCAUCAAGCACAUCGCCACCGUCACCUGAAUCCCACGACUUUUACAAGGCCCUCGAAGCAACACUCAAAGAAAAGAGCUUCAAGGGCAAACUCCUCCAACACCAUCCUCUCGACCAUGAAGAACACGAUUACGUGCCGCCAGACAUGACCACACGGACACCCAGUACGGCAUCCUCGUUUAGUGAAGACUCGGACUUGAAGCGCGUUGCGUCCGCUCCACCUGCCUAUGGAGGCAUGAAAAUGUACCAUCCACCUUCAAUUCCACUGGCAAUGAAUGCUUAGAGCAAGCAAUAGUUGUGAGGAGGAGAAAGAGUUUAUUAAAAAAUAUAUAUAUAAAAUGGUGAUCUAUACGGAUGGUUCCUCUUGUUUGAGC